AUGCUCAGCGGCGCCGUUAUGCUGGUGUUCACGCCCCUGGUGCACAGCCCCGCGGCCUACCUGCGCUUCUUUAUAUUUGCACAGGUGUUCUACGGCGUCGGCGUUGGAGGGGAGUACCCCAUGGCGGCGAGCUCGGCGGCGGAGCGCUCCCAGAGCGACCCCGCGCUGCGCCAGCGGCGGGGGGAGCAGGUGGUACUCACCUUCUCACAGCAGGGCAUGGGCAGCCUCGUCAACUGCUCCGUCAUUCUCAUCUUGAUGGCGCUGGCGGGGCAGACCGGCCAGGCCCUGGACCCCACCGCGUCGCGCAACAUCAUCAUCCUGCAGGUGUGGAAGGCGGAGCGCGAGGACGCCGUUGACAUAGCCCACACGAUGGAGAACAAGAGGCCGCACCACCUGUACCGCACCGUGCUGCGGGAGUUUGGGCCGCGGCUGGUGGUGACCUGCCUGGCCUGGAUGGCGGCCAACUUUGCCUUCUAUGGGGCCAUGCUCUUCCAGGCAGAGUUCUUCACAGCCCUGUACCCCACAGCGACGCCCUUCCAGCGCCUCCAGUGGACGGCCCUCAACAGCGGAAUCGCCCUCCUUGGCUACUGGGCGGCCGCCGCACUGGUGGACAAGCCCUGGUAUGGGCGGCGCAAGAUGCAGGCUGUCGGCUUCUUCAUGGUGGCGGCGCUCUGCAUGGCGUGCGGCGCCGGCUACCACGCCCUCACUGCCAGCACCGCGGGGUACCACGCCUUCCAGGCCCUGUACUUUCUGUCCAGCUUCUUCAACCAGUUUGGGCCCAACUGCACGACCUGGCUGGUGGCGGCCGAGGUCUUCCCCACUGACGUGCGCACGACGUUCCAGGGCGCCAGCGCGGCGUGGGGCAAGAUCGGGGCAAUCAUCGCCGACAUUGUCUUCGGGAUCGUCAGGUGGGGGCCAGGAGCCACUUAUUAG